CUAUUAAACGCAGCCGCCUCCUGCUUCUCGCCUUCCCCACCAAAUUUCCGCCGAACCAGAAAAGUAUCGUCUCGUCUCGCCGAGGAAUCAACAGCCAUGGGCGGCGGCAACGCUCAGAAGUCCAAGAUGGCGAGGGAGAGGAACCUCGAGAAGCUGAAGGGCGGCAAGGGGAGCCAGCUCGAGGCCAACAAGAAGGCCAUGAACAUCCAGUGCAAGAUAUGCAUGCAGACUUUCAUCUGCACCACCUCUGAAGCAAAGUGCAAGGAGCACGCCGAGGCGAAGCAUCCGAAGAGCGACCUUGUCCAGUGCUUCCCCCACCUCAAGCAGUGAUAUCUGCCAAAUCAGACGGAGAGGGAGAGAUAAAAGAGAGAGAAGCUGUCUUAAUCCACCUAGUAUUAUCAUGUUCCGCAAUGACUGGUUGUUGACCUAAGCUUGGGUCUGAACUCUGGUGUGCUGCUGUCCCAGCUGCUUUGGUUGUGUGCCCAUUACUAUGUAAUCGUCCACUAUCAGCCUGUUGUGCUACAAUAUCUUAAUCCUCUGUGGAUUUGGUUUCGUUUA